AUGCCCGCAACCAUAUCAUCCGCCCCCCCCUUCGGAGUUGUAACCUCCGUUACCACCAUUGCCGCUUCCACAAGACUGGGCCUCGCUGACGGUGAUGUUAUGGCUGUCGAGGUUCUGGUCGUUCAUGCUUUCGAUCGCAUCCUUAAUGGCCUUCUCGUUGUUGAAGGUGACGAAGUCGAAGCCCCUGGACCUCUAGGUCGUUGA